AAGACAAAGCACCAGCAUAGUUUCAUCUCUAACUCAUCCACAACACCUUUCACUAAGAAAAUACUCUCACAUUAUUUUACUCCCUUCAUCGACCUUAAAAAAAUGGGUAUUCAUAUGCCUCGGAUCAUUCAAGCAAAACAAAUUUUCCAGCGGCCUUUGUCAAAUGGAACCCGCUCAACAACAAUGGAUCUACCCAAAGGGUAUUUGGCAGUCUAUGUUGGAGAGCAAGAAAAGAAGCGGUUUGUGAUUCCUGUGUCCUUCUUAAGCCAACCUUCAUUUCAAGACUUAUUAUGUCAAGCCGAAGAAGAGUUUGGUUAUGAUCAUCCAAUGGGUGGCCUCACAAUCCGGUGUAGUGAGCACACAUUCUUUGAUCUCACAAGUCGUUUGGGCGCAUGCUGAAUUCAAGUUAUAGAUAAUUUUAUUUGCCAACACAUUUUUGUAAAGUACUGAUCGAUCACUACCUUUUUGCAACAUGUGGGACUUAGGUCACUUGUCCAUGUUGUUUUAUGACUUUGUUAGAAAUUGUUUUGAAUCCAUUGCAUAUUUUUUGAUGUUAUAAUCAUAUACUUGAAUGACGAACAAAAUUCGCUUUCAAUAGUUUCCAUGACAAAGGUUUUCAUUCAAUUUGAUGUAUUUCCUUACUUUUAUUAAGCAUUGGUGUUUUGGGUUUUUUUCAUUA